AUCUUGUCUCAAGUAUCUUUAUAAUGUUUUAGAAGACGAUACUAAAAAUAAUAAUGACACGCUAAAAGAAGACGACACUAGUAUGAUGAUGAUCAUUAACGGUCCAGCAGCCUCUGCAUUUUUUAAACAUUUGCCAGAGGUAGUUCCCGAUCACAAGGCUACUGAAUGUCCGUUGCUGCAUAAUAUCGCUUUCAAGUAUGACUUGACUUGCUCUGUGGUAUUGGGGUUGUUGAGUGUUGUAUGAUGCGUUCUACUCGUCUUCUUACCGUUGUCAGUGAGUUGAAGUAUUCAUUAGAGUGUGUUGGUCUGAGUAUCUAUGAUGUUGUAUAUCAAAGUCCACCACCAUCCAAGGGUAUCACUACAGAUGGAAUUCAACAAGCCUUACAUGCCAUUUGUUCAUCCCAUGACUUGCCUAUUGCUCAAGUUUGGAUCUCUAAUUAUCAUGUGCCCUCUUCAUCCGACACUGAUCCAACCAAACCUCCCUUUCUGGUCAAAGCCGCCAGCUAUAGUGCUCUUACAGAAGAUGUUCGUCGUUUGCUUCCUGCUUAUCAUUUUUAUAACUGUUCUCAUAUCCUUCCUGUGAGAAUCGUUGAGGGAGGGCUUGUCGAGAAGACACUUCAAACCCGCCGACCACACUUCUCCAAGGAUAUCCAUAAACUCAAGGCUAAUGGGCUGUUGGGGUUACUCUCUGCCACUACUAAUUGCAGCUCUUUUGUCAUGUGUUUGAGGAGCACUCGACCUGAAGAAGAUAAUGUUGACUAUAUCUUUGAGUUCUUAUGGCCCCAAAGUCGAAACCAUAUCAUCUUGUUGGAGUCCAUGCUAUUAUUAACACUAAAGAAGUGUUUGCCAGGCUUCAACUUUACUUCUGGUGCACAAUUUGAUGAAGAGUUAUACGUUACAGAUGCUGACAACUCCGCACAGAUUGCAAUCGUAUCUUUCCAUAAUCUCAGAGGAAUGAGACCCGAAGCUCAUCAGGAAGUAGACGAUGAUGAUUAUGAUGAUGAUGGCAAAGAUAUAAUCAUAGUGGCACGCUAUAAAAGGCGUGUGACCUUGUUAGUUCAUACAGACUCAUCACUUUCGCAAAUACCAAGGAGAAAAUUGCUGAGUACGUUGGCUUGGAUCCAGCUGCAGCUUACUAUUUCAAGGUCACUCGUAAUUGUCAAACAAUAACGUUUGGUACAUUAACUAAUGAUGCGACCUUUGCACGUUUCCUCUUACUUUUGAGAUCUCCCCUGGCGUCUCGCAUUGAACUGCGUGUCUGCGUCUGCAGUUGGGUUACAAACUUCUUGAGUAGUAGUUUAUUUGGGCCUUUAUUCCCGUCUUUUCUUGUCAUCCUGUUUGUUACAAGUCAGGGACUUUAGGUUACAAGUUAUGCUCGAUCUUGAGCAGUUUAUUUGGGCCUUUUUCCUAUCUUUUCUUGUCAUCUGAUCCUGAUUGUCACAAGUCAAGGACUUUAGGUUGUUACUGAUGUUUUGGAGUGGUUAAACUUUGUUAUACAUGCUAGCUUUGGAGCAUAACAUGUGUUUGUAAUCCCCUUUCAUACUAAAGGAGAGAUAUCGAGUGACAUCACAAAUUUGUGUUGUCAAGCAAACACCUCUUACACAUAGGAAGUAUGAUGUCAAGUGGGUUUGUGAAUUGUGAAAUUGAUGAACCUUCAUUCAUGGUUUAUGAAUAUAUACGUAUAUGUAUAUAUGAGUGUGUGUGUAAUGAAUUCAGCAACAGAUGAAGAUGAUGAUGAAAAGGAUAAUGAACUGUUUGGAGAAGUUCAUAAAAUGCAAUAAGCAAUCAAUCUGACUUUCAGACGUUGGAUUUAGAUUGCAGGAAAUCUUGAGCUUAAUAAUGCACCUAAAAUUGUGAAAACUGUUCAAUUUGGUUGUGAUGGGGCUUUAACCGAUGGGUGAACUGGUGCCUUGACUGGGACUUAAACUGGUGGAUGACCUGGAGCGUUGACUGGGGAGUUUAACUGGCGGAUGGGCUGAGGCUUUAAUUAUUGGAUGAACUGGUACCUUGACUGGGACUUCAACUGGUGGUUGAACUGGGUCGUGACUUGGACUUUAACUGGCAUACAGGUGUGGUGACAUAUGCCAACUCAUGAGAGCAUGUCAAGUACUUAAUGUACAUAUUGAGAUUAUUUACUACGGAGGUUUUCGCAUUACAAACAGAACUUAGCAAGCCUUACAUUAUAUUCAGGGUCGUGUGGGCUCAAGGUGCUAUAUCGAAAACAGAAGCAUCUUUUGUUCAUUGGGUGCACUUCCUAGGAGUUUUAUAUCUUAGUAACAAUGUCAUUGGAGGUGACUUCCUUGCCCAUGGUUUUGUUCUUUUCUUAUCUGCAUAUAUACAGUUUGUAUUAGCUAUAAGUGAAGAAAUGCAUUGUAGAAAUUAGCUUAUAGGUUUUGUCUUUUCAGUAAGUAGUUUUUGUAUUUCAGUUACUUAAUGAGAUGCUAUGUCGUUAUGCUCUUGUGAAUAUCAUUUUUUGUUUAAAAAUA